AUGCCGCAAACCUCGGGUCUGCCCCAGGCUCAGCGACUACCACGGGCUCGAUCAGGACGUGAUCCUCGAUGCCAUUGGACAUUACAGGUGCCAGAUCGUGACAUCCCGUCCUUUUCCAUCGACUACCCGUUAGCGCACUCCGGUGCAAUGGUAGAAGAGCAGGAUAGGAGGGGGCCAAUGUCUGCAGAUGCAAUUGCUGCUGCUAUCCAGGAUUUCAAGGAGCAUGGAGGGCACUACAACGAGAGCUCCGAUGAAGAGUCGGAGGAUGCUGACGAGUAA